CUUCAUAAGUGUUGAUCACUUCCGGUAAAAUGUCAACGGAAGAAAAUUUAGGAGAGAACAGCGGAACAGCUUCUAACACGAAUGAGACCGUGGCUGCAGCAUCUGCAGAUAUAGAACAACCAUCAAGCCCUACUCUGACUAAGACAAAAAUUGAUGUAUUACUUAAAGCGGCAGGGGAUGCUCCUAUCAUGAAGAAGAAGAAAUGGACAGUCGAUCGCAACAAGAAAGUGGCAUAUAUAACAGCCUUCAUCAGCAAGGCAAUCAAACUAGAGCCGGGGGAAUCUCUGUUUCUCUAUGUGAACCAGUCAUUUGCUCCACCACUAGACACUGAAGUUGGAACAGUUUUUGAUUGUUUUGGCAGUGAUGGAAAAUUGGUCCUCCACUAUUGUAAGACUCAGGCAUGGGGUUGACACAUAGAUUGGAAAAAAGACAGAGACAUUUCUCAAUUUCUGUGAUAAUAUUUUAUGUUUUAUGGUUACCACUACCUUAUACAUGACAUAGGAGUGAAUAGUUUAUCAUGCCUGUAUUGGACAUAAAAAACACAACAAAAACAGGUGCCUCUGUUGGAAAAAGGGACUCUUCGAGGCUUGUAUUCAGAAUGUUUGUGUCAGACCUAUUAUUUGGAUGUUUGGAACAAAGUCAAAGUAACAUUGAUUGGGUUAGCGCAGUGGUUAGCCAACUAGCUUCUCACCAUGGCAACCCAGGCUGGACUUUCAGUCUGAAUUGUAUAUUAGUUUGGUUAGUGGUCACCAACCUGACAAAUGGGUUUUCUCCUGUACUUUGGUUUUCCCCACAAUACAAGAUCACAUUUGACUUAGUAUAAGUUAUCGUAACUUUCUUCACAAUCGCUGUAACGUAUUUAAUGUUUAAAUUAUUAUUAUUAUUAUAACUGUGUACAUGUAUGCAAUACAGUGCAACAGGGAUACAAACAAAACAGUUUGCUAAUGUGAGCGACUUUUUGCCUUAACCAAACUAGAACUGGUCAUAUGGUUAUGGUUCAAUAAAUCAAUUUUAUGCGCUAUGUCCUGUUUUACUAAUAUGAUAUGUUAACUGUUGAUUAAAUAUUGUAUUUCAAGAAUAAAGAUAAAUUUGAAA